GUCAGACAUGACCAAGCGACUAAACAACACCACCAAACAACAAUAGAUGUCUAGGAGGUCAACUAAUAAACAACUUACUGUAUCUAAAAUUUCACUUUAGAUUUAACCUUCCUUCAUCUGUUUUUCAGUAUCUUGAUAGAUUGCAUUUCUGGUCUUUUAAUUGCUCAGGCUAAAACUUUAGUACUUUUUUCAACCUCUUUCUCUCCUACUGUAUGUCUGAUCCAUCAGUACAUCUGUUAGGUUCACCCCAGAAUAUAGCUCAAAUCCAGUCACUUCUUACCAUCCCUGACUGUGAACACCCUGGCAUCUCUAUUUAGUUUGGGUGGUUAAUGAAGUCCUCUGAGGGGAUGUCAUUCAGAUCUCAGCUUAAGUGUCAAGAUGAAGCCGAUUUUAUGACGAUCAAGGAAACAGUGUUAUUUUGCAUUAGGCUUCAAUUUGGUUUCCCUUCCUCCACUUUUGAUUCCCCUGGUGUGUUUUCAAACUGCAUUAUGCCACACCUCUGUUCAGAUGCCCUCAGUGGUUUCCUGUAUAUGGCCCUACAUAAUCUACGUCCUGUUUCUCCUCUGUUUUCAUCUGUUCCCUUUCUCCAGCACUCUUCCUUGUGUGUUGGCCACCUUGUUGUCAAAUAGAUUCCCACCUCAGGGCCUUUGCACUUGUUCCCUCUGGCUGGAAACCUCUUCUUACAGAUGCAAGCCUAUUUUCUUCCCCCUUCUCCUCCAGGGUUUUGAUUAAUUGACAUCUUAGUGAAGGGUUCUCUGACCAGCCUGCUGAAGAUUGCAGCCCCCAGCCCCUGCACUCCCUUACUGUGGCCCUGCUUUUUUAUUUUUUUUCUGCAGUGUUUAUCACCAUCUGCUGACUCAUGUGUUUUGUUAGGAAGGAAGCUUAUGUUUGUUCAUGGCCGUAUCUUCAAGUCCUGAUCAGUGCUUGGGAUAUAGUUAGGAAUUUAGUAAAUAUCUGUUGAGUAGGUGAAUGAAAAUGAGAAAAAUUCCAGAAGGUAAUAAGUGUUGUGCAGAGAAUUUAAACAGUGAUAUAGGAGCAGCUUAGCAGAUGGCAGUUUGUAUUUGGAUAGAGAGGGAAGGCUUGUCUAGGAAGAUGGUAUUUAAACUGAGGUCUCAAUGAGGAAAGAGCCAGCCUUGAAAAGGUGAAAGGAACUGUAUUCUUGCUGGAGGGAACUGGUAGUACAAAUGUCCUGAGGUAGGAAUGAGCUGGCUUUGUUCAAGGACGGAGAGAAGGCUGCAGUUUACUGGGAGUAGAGGGCAAUGGGGUUGUCUUGGAGUUAGAGAAAACAUGGCUUGAGUAAGUGACUGGAGUGAAGGAAAACUGGGAAAGCUGUGGAAAACUGAGAGUUUGGGGUAGGAAGAAUCCACAGUUCUCCUUCGGUGGUUGUGAGUCCAUGUGGAUCUGCCAAGGAGGCAGUUGGAUGUACUAGUCUGUAGUUCAGGAAAGAGCUCAGAACUUGAGUUCUCUAUCUGAAUUUAAAAGUAUUUUGCAUAAAUAAUAAUUAAAGACAUAGGACUGGGUGACAUCAUCUAGGGAAGACAUACAAUAUAUGAAUUAGUUACGUUGAAAGGCUAAGCUUCCAUGACAGAGAGACACAGAGUAACAAUGGCUCAAACAAGAUAGGCCUUUAUUUCUCUCUUGUGUAACAGUCCAGGUCCCUGGUCAUCAGGUGGCUUUCCUUCAUGAUCAUUCAGGGAUCAUUUUCCUACUAUUGUCUUAUUCCUCUUUCUCUUAAGCUUUAUUGCAUGUUAUAAAGCCAAGUCAUAGUCCCUUCUGUCAGCUUUCUGACCCAUGGUAAGGGAAGAGAGAAGCUUUGGCCAGAAAUGGCACAUACUGCUCCUGUUCACAUUUAAUUGCUGAGAACCUAGUCAUGUGGUCCCAGCUAACUUAAGGGCUUUGGGAAAUGGAGAGAAGCUAGCCAGCUGUGUGCCAGGCUACGACCCUCUUGCUAAGAAGGGGAGAAUGAGUUCAGUGGUGAGGUAGCAUAACCUGCCAUACUGUAGACAAAGAGAGAGUGCUGGAGUUAAUUGAGCUUUUAGAAGUUAAGUUGAGGAACAUGAGCCAUUGGCAAAGAAGACUCGAAAAGAAAAUGCCAAGUGAUACAGGAGUGGAGUGUCUUGAAAGCUAAGAGAAGAUAGUACUUCAAAAAGUAGGGAGUAUUGUAUUUAAUGUCACUUACAAGGUUGAGGUAAAUAGACAUAGCUGUUCACUUUGAUAACAUGGAAGUAAUUGACCACUUUUAUAUGUAGUGUCAGUGGAACAGGUUGAAGGGAGAAUGUGAAGUGGGGAAAGUAAAAAGAAUAACAAAGAAAAUUUGCAGUUAAGAGGGAAAAACAAGGCCAAUAACUGCAAGGAGCCUUUAGGGUAAGGGGUGUUUUUUGUUGUUAUUUUUAAAAUAAAAGAUGCUAAGCUUGUUUGUCUGCUGAUAGAAAGAACUCAGUAGAGAGAGAGAAAAUGAUACAGAAAAGAAAUGUUACUUGCAGGAGUGAAGUUCUUGAAAAGACUUAGGAGUUGACAUUAAAGCCUGACUGUAUCAAGAUUUAAUUAGGAUAUACUGCUGCUGGAAAUGGCAAUUGGUACAACCACUUGUUUAAAACCUUCAAACAAUGCUAUAUAUUGCUUAUGAAUGCAUAAGUAUGUUAAAUAGUAAAAGUGUGGAUGGAAACCUUAAGCAUUCACUUUCUGAAAUUGUUUCUCUAUGGAGAAGGGGAAUGAGGUUACAGAGGGACUUUAGUUGUACCCGCAAUGUUUUAUUUCCUUUAAAAAUUUUUCCAAAGCAAAUAUGGUAUAAUGUUAAGUUUUGCUAAACCUAAGUGUCUUGCCUCUGUUCUAAAUAUUUCAUAAUAAUUUUUAAAAAUACAGGAAGAGUCAGUAGUGUGAAAUAAGGUGGUAGAAAUAAACGACAGUAAAUGUAAAUAAAAAUCUAGUAAAAGUCCAUCGAAAGGUGGACAAAAAGUAAUGACUUGGGUUGGAUAAUAAUCGAAAAUCCAGCUAUUUACCAGAAACACAGCAAAAACAUAAAGACAGAGAAAUUGAAAAUAAAUGGAUGCAAAGAGAAGAAAGCUUGUGAAGUAGCUGAAAUACUUCAAAGCAUAAAAUACUAGUAGGGUUGGAAAAAAAAGUCCGUGAAGUAUGGUAAAAUGAGUAGAGUACUAGGGAGAUAAAAUUCUGAACUGGUUUGCACCUAAAAUCAGUCUCAAAAUAUAUAAAGUAAAAUCAACAGAAUUACUAGGAGAAGUCAACACGUGUGUAGUUGUAAUUGAGUUUUAAGAACAUUCUGCUUUGGAAAUAAAGAACAGUAAUCACAAUAAACAGAAAUGUGACAAAAACAGACCCAGACAAUAAAGAAAUGGUUGUCUUCAGAUUGGUUUCCUAAUCUAUGCUGUUUAAACGUUAAAAAGAGCAUAGGAAAGUUAAAAGGAUGAGAAUAUAGAUCAGGGUUAUACAAACAAAAAGAAAACUAACAUAGUCUUCACUAUAGCACACAUGAAAAAGAAUAGAAAAGUUUUGUGAGGGAAAGGGAACCAGAGUCAUUAUUCACAGACAAUAUGAUUGUGUACAGAGAAAGUUUAAGAAAAUUUACACAUAUACCAUUAGAAUAAGUAUUUGAAACUCAGUUGUAUCCCUGUAGCCAUUAAAAAUAAAAAACUGAAAUCUCUAUGGAGUUUACAAAAUAUAAGUGGACCUAAAAGGAGACCCAAAUAAAUAGAGGUAUACUAUGUUCAUGAAUAGAAAGACUCAAUACCAGAAAGACGUGAACUCUCUCCCAAAUUGAUCAAGUCAAUGCUUAAUGUUUAAAAAGAAAUUACCAUGAGGGUUUUAGGAUCAGGACAAGUUGGUCCUACAGAUAAUAUGAAAGAUAGUUUUGAAAAAAAGAAUAUGAUAGAGGGCUUGGCUCUGCCAGAGCCUAUUACAUAGUUAGUAAUUACAGUAGUAGGCCCAGAAACAGACCCACGUAUGUAUGGGAACGUAGUAUAUAAAGAGUUCCUAUUCAUUUGGGAAAGAUUGGACUAAUCAGUAAGUUGUGUUCAUUAUCCCGCUGGCCCAAAAAAAAGAAAAGAAAAAUUAAGACUUCCUCAUUAUGUACAUCAGGGGGUCAGCAAACUUUUUCUGUAAAAAAACAGUAAAUAUUUUAAGCUUUGAAGGCUAUUUGGUCCACCUCACUCUCCUCUAUCCUUGUAGCCAUAAACUAUACAGAAACACUAUGAAAAACUGGUGGUGGGCUGGACUUGGCCCUUGGGCUGUAGUUUGCUAUCCCUGAUAAUACAGAAAUAAAUGCCAGGUGAGUUGGAGCCCAGAAUUUGAAAAAGCAAAGUUUGAAAUCAUAUAGAAGAAAAUAUAGGGGUAAGAAAUAAGACAUAGGAAAAUUUAAUCAAUGUAGUUUGACUACAUUAAAAUUUAAAGUUUGCAUACAAUAAAAUACACCUCUAAGGUACUUGGUGGUGGAACCCGUUGUUCUUAGAAGUGGUUUGGAGGUGCUUGAGAGACAGUGUGGAAGAUGACUCCCGGAGUUUUGGCCUGAGAAGCUAGUGGGCAGUGAAACAUUUAUGAGAGGAGAAAAAGAUUGACUUAGGAGCAGGUUUGGGGGAAGAUGGUACAUCCCAUUUAGGCAGUGGGAUUAUGAAAGAUGGCAGAAAGUUAGUAAACUAUGAAUUUGAGAUCAAAAAGUACUCAGACUAGAGCGAGUACUUUGGGAGUUACGGCAUGUCUGUGGUAUUGAAAGCCUGAAGAAUAGCUGAGAUCAGCAAGGAAGUACAUAUGUACAUGCAGUGGAGAGAAAGGGAACCAAUCUUGUCCCUGAGAAACUCCCAGCUGGCAGAGGAGAAGUCGGCCAGGGAUAAGCUGAGAAGGAGCCCCUGGAAAACGAGGAGUGGGGUUUCACGGAAGCCAUGCCAAAUUCAUGUUUCAAGAGGGAGAUGAAGUCAGUUGGCCGAUGCAGCUGAGGCGGCUGCAAACACCUGUCAUCCCAGCACAGGGCUGGGUACUGAGACACGUUGCUGGAAAAGUACGUGUUGAGUUCUAGUGUAUGGGGUGGGAGGUGCCUCUGAGACAUUCAUUUACACACGUUAUCUUAAUCACACAGUCAUUCUGCAGGCUUUUAACCAAGGGUAGAAGAGUGAUUUCUCUGGUUCCACAGACCAAGGUUGAAAUCCUGCCUGUUGAAAUGACUCUUUAUUAGCUCAUAAGAAUGACCAAGUUUUGUAAAUCAAGGAAAUUGAGAUCCUGAGAAUUAAAGUAACUGGUUCAGGAUCACAUGGGAGAGCUCAAAUUUGAACCUAGGUGUCCUGACCUCAUCUCACCUUAAGCACUCAGCCUUCUUGACCAAGUGCCAUUCAGAGGGCGCUUCUCUGAGAAACCCCCUGACAGCUGCCCUGCCCUGCUCCAGGGCGGCUUGCCCUUUUGUGUAAAACUUUGAACAUGCUCACCUAUUGGAAUAGAGCUGACCUGAGUUUUACAGUGUAUGGAGGAGGCAUUUGGCUGAAGAAGUUGAUCAUGCUGCCCUCCUCUCUUGCAGUGAAGAGCAAAGAGCAGGAGAAGACCCCAGAUGUCAAGUCAGUCAAAGCUUCAAUAUCCGUACAUUCCCCACAAAAAAGCACUAAAAAUCAUGCCUUGCUGGAGGCUGCGGGACCAAGUCACGUUGCAAUCAAUGCCAUUUCUGCCAACAUGGACUCCUUUUCAAGUAGCAGGACUGCAACACUUAAGAAACAGCCCAGCCACAUGGAGGCCGCUCACUUUGGGGACCUGGGCAGAUCUUGUCUGGACUACCAGACUCAGGAGGCCAAAUCAAGUCUUUCAAAAACCCUUGAGCAAGUCUUGCAUGACACCGUGGUCCUCCCUUACUUCAUUCAAUUCAUGGAACUUCGGAGAAUGGAGCAUUUGGUUAAGUUUUGGUUGGAGGCUGAAAGUUUCCACUCCACAACUUGGUCCCGAAUAAGAGCACACAGUCUGAACACAGUGAAGCAGAGCUCAUUGGCUGAACCUGUCUCUCCAUCUAAAAAGCCCGAAACUACAGCAGCUUUUGUAACCGAGUCUCUUAACAGGAGGUUGGAGGAUUCUGGCUCAGCCCAUCUGGAAGGAAUUGACUUGAAUAAUAGAACUAGCAACACCCAGAACCACUUGCUUUCCCAGGAGAGUGACAGUGCCCAUUCUCUCCACCUAGAGACAGCCAGGACAGGAACUCAUCGGGGCUCCCUGGAAACCCAGGAGUCCUCCAGGCUCAUGGUAGCCAGUAGAAGUAGUCCAUCUUCUCCACUGAAGGAAUUAUCAGGAAAAUUAAUGAAAAGUAAGUGUGUGGUGUUGUCCCUUGAUCCUGUUUUUGUUUGUCUUUACUGUCUAUUUAUGGGCUUCCUUGGUGGUCCAGUGGCUAAGAUUGCAGACUCCAAAUGUAGGAGGCCUGGGUCUGAUCCCUGGUUGAGGAGCUAAAG